CAGACACAGAUGGCAAAGGUAAAAUACGAUUGGUAUCAAACAGACACGGCCGUCACGGUGACGGUUUUGUUGAAGAAUGCGACCGAAAAGAACUACACCGUCCAGCUGGAACAAAACGCACUCACCCUGCAAGCGGACGGUAUUGAACCGAUCGCACUGAACCUGUGGAAUCCGAUCAAUGUUGAGCAAAGUUCACACAAAGCAUCACCGAGCAAGGUAGAAAUAAAGCUAGCCAAAAUGAUCGGUCAGCGUUGGGAAGCCCUGGAACGGAAGCAAUCAACGGAAGAGCCACGGCCAACAUCCACCACUGCGAAGAAGCUGUGCGAUUGGGACAAAAUCUCGAAGGAAAUUGAAAAUGAGGAUGAGACGAAGGACGACGUGAAUGCGCUGUUUCGAAAGAUUUUCGCCGACGCCAACGAGGACACCCGGAAGGCGAUGAUGAAGUCGUACUACGAGUCUGGUGGCACAGUGCUAAGCACCAACUGGGACGAAGUUGGUUCAAAAACGGUACAAGUUAGUCCACCGGAUGGGUGUGAGUUUAAGAAGUGGAACUAAAGUC